GCGGUGGUUCAUGUAUCCAGCCACUGUUCGAUUCGACGAGGGGCUGCAAAUCGCCACAGCAAUCAACGUGGCUGGCACUCGAGAGGUUCUACUGCUGUGUCCGGACUGUCUGAACAUCAAAGUCAGUGCAAUAAAUUUCAUUCACCUGAAUCUCUAUAUCUUUUUGUCUUCGAAAUUGCUUGUAAAGAAGCGUAGUAAUUCUUCUCUAAAUGUGUAUAGCAAUUGUGUUGCAGUAAUUCUUUUUAACCUGUACGGGGAAUGGCUUGCCAAGGAAGCUCUGGAUGGAACAGGAGACUUCAAAAUUGGAGGAAGAGUGAUAAAGACUGUAAAGUAUGCAGACGACUUAGUAGUAUUGGCAAAGGAAGAGGAGGAAUUACAGAACAUGAUGGACAAGUUAGUGGAGACAGGUAUGGUGGUUCAUGUAUCCACCUCGUUCAGUUACUGCCACCGCCCAUCCAUCGACGCACAGUUCUACGAAAUUUAACCGUUCGUUUCCACG